AUGUCUGAUCAAGACGUUCAUCCAAGCAAAUAUGGGGAAAUGCGAAGUAAGUUCAAAUACUACAUUGAUUUAUAUAAUGCAUUGUAUCAGCUUAAAACUGAAAAAGAAGAAGAACUCAACAAUAUUUACAAAAAGAUCCAAACAGAAUUGAUCGAUUCAAAUCAACUCCCAGCAGAAAAUAUUAUCAGCGAUAUUUUGAAUAUCAUUCCGUAUAAUAAUCGCUAUACAAAGUCAUAUUUAUCUCUUGCGAAAUUCAUAUGUGAUGAUUAUCAUAUCCAAGAGGUCAAAAAUGUUAAUCGUGUUUCAAACUUCUUGUUUUAUAAAGAAUAUGGAAUUAAAUUAGACAAAUCUGCCAAUUUUAAAGCAAUUAACUCAGAAAAUCUGGAUGUUCUUACAGAAGAUACAAUUUACAGAGCAAUUAUGUAUAAUGACAUAGAAAGAUUCAUUGCAUUCACCGAAAGAGAAGGUUUUCAUCUAAGUAAAAAUCUUAAAAGCGAUUUAUAUAUAAAUAAUAACAGUGGAUAUUCAUUACUUGAAUUAUGCUGUUACUAUGGAGCUGUUGACUGUUUCAAAUACUUAAGAACGAAAUUUUUCCUCAGAUGCAACAUUUUACUCAGAAAUGACUCAAGGAUGUCUUCCGCUUUCAUUUUUAGGAGGAAAUCAAGAGAUCAUUAG